AUGUGGGCCGCACAUCCUAAGAUCACUGCAAAGCCUCUCGCUAGAAAAGGUAAUUAUAGCAUAUUGGGUGAAUAAAAUCAUUAAAUAUUCUUAAUGUGCAUAAAUAAGGCGCCAAUUCCACAUUUAUCUACUACAACUGCAUGGUCUUGUACUGCAAUCGCCAGAUUUUAAGUCAUUAAAACACAUUUUGUUUAAAUAAGGCAAAGUAACUGUGACAUUGUUUGUUUAUUUUUUAAUGAGAAGUAGACAGCGAUUUGUGCCAGUUAAAUGAAGAGGACGUCGCAGAACCAUUUUCUAACCAUCUGCAUCCAACCGGUCAGUAAUCAGUUUUUCACAACUAGCUUCCAAUAUAAAUCGUCACUCUCUAAACGAAUCAGGUCCAUAUUAUUGCUACAUGUCUCUUCUCUAGGCCCUUCCAAUGCGGAAACUGCUUACUACCACGAUUUGGGUGAGCCGCUAAGUGUUGCAUUAUUAAAAGGCAGACGUAAUGCUAAUUCCACCCCAAAACCAUAUCAUUAACCUCGUUCAUGACUAUUAAUGAUCAAUACUAUGCAUUAUUUACUACGACACGGGAAGACGCUUUUACUCGUGAGUCCUUAAAACAUGAGUCAAACAGUUCAUCUUGAUAGCGCACAAGUUGUUGUUCGGAUGCUAAACGCCGAAGAAUGCAAUCCUCUGGCGAUACAAAGUCACCGAAAUCGUAUCCGUUCCACAAACAGGAACACAGUGUUAACUUUCGCCUCCCAUACUUGAAGAUCACUGCGCAGUGCACGGAUAGUAAGCGUCCUUAUUUUGCGUAGUCAUAGAAAAGCCUUUAUCGUAAUAGUCCGUUUAAUUAUUUUGUCAGAACUAGACAUUGACGCGACCUCGUUGGACAAAGAAGAAGGUGUAGAACAAUUCCCUGACACUUUGCAUCACACGGGUAAGUAGUUUAUUUUUAGUAAUGUUUCAAGAUGAGUCGUCCUUCUGAAAAUGUGGGUCUGGUUUAAGGUCAAAUAUUCCCUUUCCAGGUGCUUUUAAUUUGGAAACAGCCGAGGGCCACGAUGCAGGUGAACCACUAAGAGUUACAUUAACAAAUGACUUAAAUAAAUACAGUAGCUGGCUUCUUCAUGAAAUGUUCCUCGUAUUUUUCAAAUGGUACUUAAAUAAGAAAUAAUUAUAUAGGUGAAAAUUCACUAAUGAUUUAAAUGCGAAAUAAUCUGAAGUUAUUUUAGUCACUUCAAGAUGACGGCAUUCGAGUAAGAUAUUGCGGCCGCCUGCAAAUACCGUACGCGGUAACAAAAGUUUCUCAUACAGAAUGGAUUUUUCACGUAAACCUUUGACGACAUAAAUUUCGCCAUGUUCUCAGUAGAAAACUUUGUCAUAUACAAUGAUUGUCUUUAGGAGAAGCCAUUUUCCGUUUGGAAAUCAUAUUUAGUCGCAGAAUAAUCUUAGGAUUGACUUGAAUUUGCACUUUCCGACUAUGUUUUUCAGUCCCUAGCUAUUAAGGAGAUACCACGGGGAGUUUGCAUACUGUCCAGCGUUAGCAGGCUGUGUUGUGUACUUUUUCAGCAGCAAUAAUUAAUGCACAGUUAAAAGGCCUUUUGUUUGAACAUUUAGGGUUUCGAAAUGUAUAGUGACAUACUUUUAAAAAACCACAAAUUUUAAUUUCCUUUAGCAUAAUGUUUUAUGAAGUCCGGUUUCGUAACAAUACAUAUUCGGUAGAGGGUAUUUCUGUGCGUAUUUUCUGUAGAAAAUGUUUGAAUUUACGAUAACAAGUAAAAAGUAUUUUAAGUAUGCAAAGUCCAUGUGGGCCAUUUUAUGGAUUACGGGUUUCGUAAGUGACCUAUUAAAGUGACAUCAUCCAGAGGUGGUUAAAAUAUCAUGAGAUUAUGCCAAAUGGUAAUUCGUAUUGCGUCCUCGCCUAAGUAACUCUUUCUAAUCGGCGACAAACUCCUAAUCCUCAAACUGCAAACUUUCCACAAAAACUCACGUAUUCCUUUAAGCUACUAAGAAGGCAAGAUGUAAAUUUGAUAAAACAUUACAAUGCAGGUUAACUAUAUUAUAUAGUUUAAAGGCAGCAUUAAUAAACGUAUAGGUACGAUGCUCUAUAGAUACAAACGUAAGGGUUUUGAAGCCAAAAUUUAACAUUUUCUCGAGAUUAGAAUUUUAGUACGACCUAAUUCGCCUUCAACCUGUCCAAUAUUGGGUAGCUUUGUAAGGUUUUUUAUGAAACUGUCUGAAUUUAUAAAAAUAUUUGGUCCUAUUUGGGAAAAGGCAUACCAAAAAUGAUCGUUUUGUGGCGUGCCGAUCUUCAAGCGACCUAGAAGCGUCUCGUUUCAAGGUCGUCACCCUGCUGUGACCGAAGUAUAUUGGGGUUGUGCGCUGUGAAAAUUACUUUUGCGAUCCCACUUAAGUAUUCUUGUCUAAUCAAAGAUACUCCAGAACUUCGUUUAACAUUUCAUGCGAUAUGCGGCUACCAUGAAUUCUCAGCACCAGUGUUUGACUUCUUAUUGCCUUAAAUGUGAAUCCAUCUCGUAAGUGCUCGAAUUUUCGUCGACUGGCAGCACACAACCACACGGUCUUUAAAGAAACAUUGACCUAUCGGGCAUGAAUACAAUGUUCGUUUUCACAUUCUUGCAUUGUAGAAAAUUCUACCGGACAUCAUUGCAAUUGGCGUCUAAUUAGACGGGUCAGUAGUCUAAAUACUAAGUUAUUUUGUGUUAUUUCUGCACUUCUUAAAACAUUUUUGUCUAAACCGUCGCCUAGACUCCAAUAAAUGCAAGGCUUUGACUGUCCGUUUUAUGAUCAAUAGUAAUCGAAAUGUGGGAGUAUUUCGUUACCAAUAAGAAACUCCAAUAGUUAGUUUAUACACUAAAGCUUUCUUUACCGAAAAAAUGACAUUUUCAAAUUUUUCUAAAAGAAACGGACGAUGACGGAGUACUAUGGUCCCUGUGACAAUAUGAGGAAUAUGACAGGUAGUACAGCAACGCUUCUUGUUUGCCACCGUAAUGAAUGCGUAUUCAGUAUAAACCUAUUUACCUAUUCGGGAAUAAAAUGAUGUUUUUUAUGAUACACCAGAUCUAAUUAAUUAAACACUUCCGUAUAGAUUUUGUUUCAAGAAAUGCUAUGCCAACGACACAAACUCUCACUAAUGUUCACCACCAACUGAAUUUUGCUAACCCAACCUUGAGAAGUACAUAUGGGGGUUUAUCAGAAUCUUAUGUCCAAUUUUUAGAAUUUGUUCUGCCAAUGCCCGGUACGCUUUAUAAAUUUGUAAUAAUGUGCCAAAAAUUGUCGUUAUCCUUUGCAAAUUAAUUAACUGUUGUUGGUCAAACGGGUUGCGUAUUUUGUUCCAUCGAUAAGGAGGCGAAACAAAAAUUAUUAAUUCCUUUUUUGUAAUCAUAGGCUGCCUUUUUCCGUACCGAAUUGAGAUAAUGUCAUAGAUACCCUUUCGAUAUCUAAAAAAGGUCAUUUUACAAUUGCCUGGAAUAGUUUUUUAAUGAAAAUUCCUAUUUAUUUUAGAAUCAGCCAUCGCAAUGUCUGAAGGUGAAACUUAAAAUUUAUUUACUUUAUUCCGCGUGAUACUUUUGCUAACGCUAGGACCUCUCUUUACCCAAAUGUCGAAACGUCUAUUCUUCCGCUUGUAAUCCAUCCAGGGUAAUCAGAUUACCUGAUAUGCUUAAGAUAGGACCAGAAUACGGACAAGCAUUAUUCCCAGUGAGAGGAGAGCUCAGAACAUAUUCUGCACUUGUACAGUAACCACCUCCAGAGAGGGCUUUAUUCCAGCAAAACUCUCUUACAACCGCAAUAAAUGACGUGAAUGAGUAGUAUUCGUAUUGCUGAAACUUUUGCAAUCCCAAACAUUAUAAGGCAGAUGUUGAGUCCUCGAAUGUGACUUUAACCGAUCAAUUUUAUGUAAAGGACGAGGAUGACUGUUUUCCCUAAUGCCUGAACCUGAGAGUGUAUAGCAUAGGCAGGCUGCUGUAUGGCAAAGCCGGCACGUUAAUAGAGUCGCAAAAGGACUGCAUGGUCGACUAAAUUGGGUCUUGGUAUUUGAGAAUCGCUCGCAGAUAACCUGCGAUAUUGCAACCAAUUGCAAUGCUUAUGUCUCCAAACAUGUCUGCAUAGCUUUCCAAUUUUCUGUCUUACAUCCAUUCAUUGUAUUUGAUUCCGAUUGAAUAGUAUUCUGGCUUUUUUUAUAAAAUCCACGAAAUGGUUUCAUGAACCUGGAUGAAACUGAGUUUCCAAAUGCCGUUUUAGAUCGUUUUAUCUACCAUGAUUUUGACAAAAUCAGAACUCGGCCGUAUGCAAUACUCUACUGGAUCAUCGACACAAGUAACUACAAGAUUUCAAAUGUGAGUUUAAAUAAAAAUCAUUGAGGGGUACUUAGGCAAAAUCAACUUCCAACUGCUAGACCAUCAAAAACACCGCUCCUCACAUACUUUUCUCCCAUUUUUACACGCUUCCGUAAUAAACAGUUUCCUGACUGGGUGGGAAAAUUAAGACUCCUUGAAUUAAGGCAAACAACCGACGUUUAAAAUGGAAUGCCAGCUACUCGUUGAAUGUCCGACCAUGGUGCAUUUUCGUUGAUAAUCAGUAGGGAGGCAUUGAGGUAGAAAGAGUUAAUAAGAUAUUGGGCUGUUUAUAGGAUGGGAUGUUGGACUGCAUAUGUAACAACGAAAUUGUCUCAAAAAUAUCAUUAUGAAUGUUACUUCAUUCACGUUUUUGCAACCCAUAUAGUUCUACUGUGAAGAUGAUCAGGGCAUCCUUUGCUCUCUUAAUGACAGCGAAAACAAAUGCCGUAAGUCCGUAUCAAGAGCAAUAACUUUCAGUUUAUUAUUGAACCGAAAUAUCUUACAAUUUCUUUCAAAUGGUUCACAAAAAAUAUCACCCGAAUAAGUAUAGCGUUAGACAAACUUAGCCUGCCGAAACACGAUAUGCGUAAACCGUUAUUCUAAUAAUGUCCUUUAAAAUUAAAGCGAACUUAUAAUUUUUUGCGCCUAAACGCAGUCCAUAUAUCGAAAGCAUUAGAGAAAUAGCUAAAGUUAUUUGUAUUCGCAUACAGUAAGACAAAUGCUCCUUACAGUUCAUCAUUGCAAUUAUUAACACUACAAAUAUCAACCUAAUUACAGAAGCCCAUUGAGGCGUUAAUUAACGCUUCAACAGCAGGGAUGUAUUCGUAUUUUCUGGGCAAAAUGAGCACGUCCACAGCCUUACAAACUCUCAUUUGUCUUUUUAUAUACUGUUCUCUUAAAGAUCUCCAAAGUUUUGACGACGUCGCCAUCUACACACACAAAUUGGAACAUACUGCAGCAAAAUUGGAAUCUUUACAGUGUGUUCUCAACGACAAAUACAUUAGCAGGAAAUCGGUCAUUUGGGAUGGUAAGCGGUUCCCAUUUCUCUUAUGAAUUACAAUGUUUCGGACAUAGUCUACUGAUCAGAUUGAUUAUCCGAAGGCUUUGUGUAUUCGUCAAUCUCAGCAAUCAAAGAGAUGUCAUAUGCCUCCGAUGAAAGUAAUGUAAGCAUCCAUGUUCAGUGAUUGACUAAAACACAUUGUGACAAGACCUAUCUGAGCUAAAUAAAAACCUCCAAACGACCAUUUGCAGAAAUGCGCUUCUGCAUGGAACUGGGUGACUAGGAAUAUUAUUUUUUCAACGCCGACAUGUUUUUGGCAAUCAGAAUCAAUGUAGAGCACUAAAAUGAGAAAGUCUUUGCGUUAUCUAAGACGGAAGAUUUUUAAAUGACGCAGAUUUACAGAGAGCUGAAGGCAGUACCAGCUCUAUCUUCUCUUAUCUGUGCCCACAGUGCAGCAGAAUACUGUGUGCAACAAAUGAACCUCGUUGUUGCACCUCGAGUUAGCCGGUAAACAUUUCCACUUAGUUUUAGUUGACUCAGUCCUAAGCCCGCCAUCACAGGUCAUUAUUUAAACCCUCCUGUAUUGAUCGUCGCGUUGUCAUCGCCCCGCCCCUCUUAGUACCAAAUGUCUUGAAUUGAAAUAUGUCACGUGCACCAUCUUAGCGUGCUUGUCUGAUUAGUUAACACAACUUAAGACGACGCGCUCCAAAGUCAGCAUUCUAAAACCAUAAUGCCAACUCUUGAGACAGCAUGCUUGUGAGACUUGAAAAAUUAUAUUAUUAGAAUAGCAACCCAGCAGACGCAUGGCCUGGAAAAAAUAUGAACUGACGCCUGCCGGUAUUGCUGUUAAAAGCCUUUCCAUCUUAUCUGUCCAUAAAACGUUAAUCCAUGAAGUGCCUUUUACGAUGUGGCAGAGGUUGGCGGUUUACGUCCGUUCCAGGACACAUGUUUUCUGAUUACCGUGAAUUCAGCAUUUCGCAAAAAGUAUUAAGAAAACAAUUACAAGAUGUUUCAUUAGCGUGGCCUUUCGUGUUUGUGCACUAUGAUUAUAACUGUCUUUCAAGAGGAUCUUUCAUACUCCAGUAACCCUGUUUUGCGAGUCAAAAAUGAGGUAAUUUUUCGUUCCCGUUACUCGUUCGAUUUAAACAGCCUUACUUCAUCGUUUGACAAUUGUACUUAAAUGAGCAAAAAUAACAGUCAUUCCCAUGGCUGGAUUACCAUCAGAAUUUCAGAGCAAUUUGAUAGACAGUUGUUUUAGGUACCAGGUAAUGUUGUUCCGACGUAUUUCACAAUUCAUUCGACAAACCCAUAUGGCAUUUGAGUUAGAUUUCAUUGAAGUUGUAGAUAACGAGUCGAAAAUGUGGUAAUUCAAAUUACUCACAGUCGAUGAACCGUUUCGGGUGAGAAAUUCAACAAACAUUCGAUGGCAAUCAGAGCGGUCUUUACCAGUGCAGCAAAUACGCAUGGGAGCAGGUUAAUUUCCCGUCACUCGUUAAUCUCAGAUACUAACGAUCUGAAAUUUUUGGGUUUAUCCGAAAUUAUAAACGACAUGAAAUACGUAUCAUCACGAAAAGGCGAUAUUUUUGAUUUUCCUAUUUCUUCUUCCGACUUAAAUCGUUUGGUGGUUGAACAAAGUCUGCAAGUCCAAGUAUAAAUUAUGAAAAAUACGUAAUCCCCUUCUCACUGGGUAAAGGAGAUACUAUUUUUAUGCAUGUUCUUUAUGAAAUAUGUCCGAAUAUACGAGAGCACCGAGAAUCGAUAAAGGUCGUGCUUUUAAAAUAAACAUUUUUUACGAAGUAAAGUAUUUUCAGGCCGUCUAAACGAAGUUCUUUUGAACUUUGCUAUCAUGAGGUAACCGCAUCAUUUUAAGAUUGCGCUGCUUGGUGAUUAAUAUUAAAGCCCUACUUAAGUCAUCUAUCCGAGUCGAAUAUAUAUUUAAAAUUUCGGCCAACAUUUUAUAAAUUGACACAUCUGCUGUAUAGUUGACGAUACUGCGAUAACUUUGCGCAUAAGGCGAUAUUUUUAUUUUUCUCUGUCUUUUUCUGACUAAACGUGAUUAGCAGUCAAACGUUUGCGGAAUUAAUGGGAAUUGUAUAGUCUUCUAAAUAACUUUUCGUCGUUUUUACUCACCGUUACUUAGUGCCAGUGUAUCGAAAAGAUGGGGUAUUAUCACCCUGUCUGAGAAUAUUUCGAUAUUUAAAACAUAUAUGUCGGAGGUUUGGUUCUGGAGCCCCACUUGAUUGAUACCAUAUGUUUAGCUUAAUAAAGAGUAUUAUUUAACAUACCUAACUUAGCUAUUCGUUGAAUCAGGAAGGGAAAGAGGGCGUAAGCAGAGCUCGGAGCGCACUGCAGGGAAGCGCGUGAAGGUGGCGUGUACACAUUCUCCUCUCCCGACACAGCCACCCCCUGAAUUAGUAGGGUAAGGAGGGCGCAAUCACAAGUGAAAAGCCUUAGAGGGAACCGCGUGUUAAUUCGCAAUGCAUGACCGCUCUAGUGGAACUGACAGAGUUCCAUCCCGUUCGAACAAUGCCAUUAGCAAGCCUUCUUAGCCACAAACUGGAUUAAGAUAAUAAAGAAGGCGCAGGCUGGGCUUAAGGCUCUGACAGAGAAGCGCAUAUGACUGAUUAACUGAUGUAAAGGAGGAUGACGUAUGAGCGCACCACCCUUUGUGGUAAAGUUACUUGUCAGCUUAAAGUGGUAAGGAGGGCGCAAACACGCGAUAUUUGUAAGGUCAGCAUACUCGCAUAUACUAAAAUUUUUUUGGAAAGCUAACCACACGGUAUCAAUAAAGUGCAGCUACGGAGCCAAGCCUCGCCCAUAUUUGUGCUUUAAAUGAGCAUUAUGUCAAUUAUGCAGUCCUUUUCCCAUUCUGUUUUAUCCAUGAGGCACGAUAUUUAAGAGUAUAUUUGGGCACAUACGACUUCUGUUUUAGGAUGUUUUUCUUUAACGUUAACCCUGUCGUUCACAUUCAAAGACAUAUUUAAAAGUUUGGACAAGACAAAUCUCUCGUUUUAACCGAAUAAUAAAGUCAUAUUUGCAACUAGCAUGUAAGCUUCCCGUAAAGCAUCCUCCAUGUUUGCAAGCGACAGAUGAUACGAUGACCCCGCACGAAUUAAGUGCUCUAACACCGUCAAUGAUACGUAAGAGUUAGGAUAACCUUUUGUUUUCCACUCUUUUUAGACAACUAUUUCCCUCACAGUGAAAGGACACACCGACAUCAUUGACAGCCGUUCUUCCGAGCUUUAA